AUUCAUUUUCGCUUUUACGCAUGCGCAACGUGAUUGAUGCAAAACGUGUAUUUUUUCCAAGAAUAUAUCUCAUACUAAUUGAUUUUAGAGAGAAUUCUCCUCGCCCUAACUGACUCCGUUAGCUCAACAGACGAGUUUUGUAUAUUAUCGCCCAUUUGACGUGACAAGCCAUUUUUCACUUGUUUACAGCACGUACUUUAUUUCCAUAUCAUGGCUAGAAGGCCUAUAAAAAUGCCAGAAAUUACUGGUCUUUACUCGUAUAUUUCAACAAUCGAUUGGACCGAACCCUGGUUAAUUGGAUUGAUCGCAUUUCACUUUGGUGCUGUUAUCUUGACGCGUUUGACGAAACGAGACGGUCUCGCUAGAUUCUCACUCUUUUUCAUAUACCUUAUACUGGUUUAUUUUGCUGAAAAUGUGAACAAGUGGGCAGCUGCUAAUUGGAAGUUGUUUUCGAAAGAACAGUACUUCGAUAGUAACGGUUUAUUUAUAUCUAUUACAUUUUCCGGUCCAUUACUUAUGCAUGCAAUGAUAAUUGUGGUUGUUUGGUUGUAUACAACAUCCGGGAUGCUGGUGUCAUUGGGUAGGGCAAAAGUAAAAGCUAAAGCUGAAAAGACUGAGAAGACUGAAAAGACUGAAAAGUCUGAAAAAACUGAAUAA